AUGUCGGACAUCGACAAGGAUACAGAGAAGGCGUCGGAUAAGACUCAGGCUGAGCAGGCACCAGUGUCCGCCAUCGAGGCACCGAAGGAGGCAAAGACAGACGCCAAGCAUGGCAACUUCAAACUUGACCUCGAGGAUGCACUUACUCCUGACCCAGGAACCGAGGACAUGUUCCACGUCCAGGAAAACAAGUUCGCCUUCUCGCCGGGCCAGCUCUCGAAGCUUCUGAACCCCAAGAGCCCCAAUGCCUUCUAUGCCAUGGGCGGCCUGGCCGGUCUCGAGAAGGGACUGCGCACCAACAGGAAGACGGGCCUCAGCGUCGACGAAAAGACCCUCGAUGGCGCCGUCUCGUUCGACGAGGUCGCUCCCGAGGGGACGCCCAAGCACGGCGCUGCGGGCGACGCGGUCCCUUCGCCCAAUGCCGAUAAGAAGACGGACGUGCCGCCGCCGCCGCCGCACAAGCCCGUUACGCCGGGCUUCGACGACCGCCAGCGCGUCUUCCGCGACAACCGGCUCCCCGAGAAGAAGCCCAAGUCGCUGCUCGAGAUCGCCUGGACGACCUACAACGACAAGGUGCUCAUUCUGCUGACCAUCGCCGCCGUUGUCUCCCUCGCUCUGGGCCUCUACCAGACCUUCGGCACACCUCACGCGCCCGACGAGCCGAAAGUCGAGUGGGUCGAGGCUGUAGCCAUCAUGGUGGCCAUCGUCAUCGUCGUGGCCGUCGGCACCGUCAACGACUGGAACAUGGAACGCCAAUUCAACAAACUCAACAAGAAGAACAACGAUCGCAUGGUCAAGGUUAUACGAUCGGGAAAGUCCCUCGAGAUCAACGUGUUUGACGUCAUGGUCGGAGACGUGAUGCACCUAACGACUGGCGAUCUCAUCCCGGUGGACGGCAUCUUCAUCGAGGGACACGGGGUCAAGUGCGACGAGUCCUCGGCGACUGGCGAGUCGGAUCUGCUGCGCAAGGUUGGAGGCGACGAGCUCUACGCUGCUCUGGAGGGAAUCGCACAGGGCAAGACGGACCACCCCAACAUCGACAAGCUCGACUGCUUCAUCAUUUCUGGUAGCAAGGUACAAGAGGGAACAGGAACUUUCCUUGUCACGGCUGUCGGUGUCAAUUCGAGCUACGGACGAACAACUAUGUCUCUCCGCACUGAGCAGGAAGAUACGCCCUUGCAGAAGAAGCUGAACAUCCUGGCCGACUGGAUUGCCAAGCUCGGCGCUGGCGCCGCUCUGGUUCUGUUCAUUGUCCUCUUCAUCAAGUUCUGCGCUCAGCUUCCGAAGAAUAAGGCCUCGCCAUCGGAGAAGGGACAAGAAUUCCUGAAACUCUUCAUUGUUUCUGUUACCGUCGUUGUCGUCGCCGUGCCCGAGGGUCUUCCGCUAGCUGUCACGUUGGCGUUGUCAUUCGCGACGAAUCGCAUGGUCAAAGACAACAACCUGGUCCGCGUGUUGAAGGCUUGCGAGACAAUGGGAAAUGCCACGACCGUAUGUUCCGACAAGACCGGCACUCUGACGCAAAACAAGAUGACCGUGGUGGCUGCAACACUUGGCAAGAGCUCUAGCUUUGGCGGCACUGAUGCUCCUCUCGAUGAUACCAAGGACGAAGCCGGAUCUGAAAAGGCACACGCGCCGAACACUGUGCCGAACAUGCCCGUGGCUGAUUUUGUCAAGGGAAUGAGCGAUGAGACCAAGAAAGCGAUUAUCCAGUCGAACGCGGUCAACUCUACUGCUUUCGAGGGUGACCAGGACGGCGAGCAGACAUUUAUCGGCUCCAAGACUGAAGUUGCGCUCCUGACAUUCUGUCGAGAUCACCUUGGAGCCGGCCCCGUCCAGGAAGAGCGCGACAACGCCAACGUGGUGCAGGUCGUGCCUUUUGACUCCGCUGUGAAGUAUAUGGCUACUGUGGUUAAGUUGCCCAAUGGCAAGUUCAGAGCUUACGUCAAGGGUGCUUCGGAGAUCCUGCUGGGCAAGUGCACGCGCAUCGUCUCGGAUCCCUCGGCCAGUGAACUGGUUGAUACCGAGUUGACCGACGACGACCGAGAGAUGCUGCUCCAGACUAUCACUUCCUACGCCGGCCAGACCCUCCGCACCAUUGCUUCCUCGUAUCGCGACUUUGAGUCCUGGCCACCCGCCGACGCUGUGGCUGCCGAUGAGCCCAGCAUGGCGGACUUCAACAAGCUUCACCAGGACAUGACUCUGAUCGGCAUCUUUGGUAUCAAGGAUCCCUUGCGUGACACCGUCAAGGAGGCGAUUAUCGACUGCCAGCGUGCUGGCGUGGUGGUCCGGAUGGUCACUGGCGACAACAUUCUGACUGGCCGGGCCAUUGCCCGCGAAUGCGGCAUCUACCAUCCCGAGAACGGCGGGAUCGCCAUGGAAGGUCCCGAGUUCCGCCGCAAGACCGAUGAGGAACUCAAAGAGCUUGUGCCGAAUCUGCAGGUACUCGCCCGCUCGAGUCCCGAGGACAAGCGCAUCCUCGUUCGCACUCUCAAGGGCCUUGGCGAGACGGUUGCUGUGACCGGUGACGGCACCAACGACGCGCCUGCCCUCAAAUUGGCGGAUAUCGGAUUCUCUAUGGGUAUCGCCGGUACUGAGGUUGCCAAGGAGGCGUCCGAGAUCAUUCUCAUGGACGACAAUUUUGCUUCUAUCGUCAAGGGUAUGAUGUGGGGACGCGCGAUCAACGAUGCUGUCAAGAAGUUCUUGCAGUUCCAACUCACGGUCAACGUCACCGCGGUCGUGCUGACUUUCGUCUCCGCCGUCGCCAGUGCCGAGGAAGAGUCGGUGCUGAACGCUGUGCAGCUGCUCUGGGUCAACCUCAUCAUGGAUACCUUCGCUGCCCUGGCACUUGCCACAGACCCUCCGACCCGCUCUGUGCUUGACCGCAAGCCUGACCGAAAGUCUGCACCUCUCAUCACCCUGCGCAUGCUCAAGAUGAUCGUUGGCCAGGCCAUCUGCCAGCUCGCAAUCACCUUUGUCUUGCACUUCGGCGGAUGGACUCUGCUCAACUACGACGAGAUGCCGGCGGACCAAGAGCCCGGAAAGAGACUCAACACUCUAGUUUUCAACGUCUUUGUAUGGCUCCAAAUCUUCAACGAGAUCAAUAACCGCCGCCUAGACAACAAGCUCAACAUCCUCGAGGGCCUCACCCGCAACUACUUCUUCAUCGUCAUCAACCUCAUCAUGAUCGGCGGGCAGGUCCUCAUCAUCUUCGUCGGCGGCGAGGCCUUCAAGAUCCACAAGCUCGACGGCAAGGAGUGGGGCCUGUCCAUCGGCCUCGGCGCCAUCUCGAUCCCCUGGGGCGCCGCCAUCCGCCUCGUCCCGGACCACUGGGUCGCCGCCUGCCUGCCCUGGUUCGUGCGCAAGCGCUGGGCGCCCGAGACCAUCUCCGAGGAGCUGCGCCGCCAGCACGCCGACGAGAAGGGCGUCUGGGUCACCGACAGCGAGGGCGAGAAGGAGUUCCGCCCGGCGCCGCCGCUGCGCGUCAUGACCUCGAUCCGCGGCCAGAGGGUCCGCGAGAACAUCAAGAGGGGCCGCGGGUUCCGCGAGCGCAUGCACGACGCCAAGCAGGCGGCCAAGGACAAGUGGCAUCAGGGCGCUGGCUCGAAGCUGAGCCUGACCGAGAGGAAGUGA